CCACUUGCCUCCAGGUGCCCAGAACAGGCCAUCGUGGGCCCUUCACCAUCCGCAAGUGGACACCGUUUGUCCUGCCGGGGCAGGAUGGAGAUGGAUGAGGACCCGGAUACCCUGCCUGCCCAGGGGCAAGGCAACACCAUCAUUACUAAGUAUGAGCAGGGACACCGAGCUGGGGCAGCAGCAGACAUGGGGAAUGAGCAGGUCAACAUCAGGAAAUACAUGAAUCACCUCGGGAUUGUGCAUGAGACGGAACUGCCCCCGAUAAGAGCCCUGGAGGUGAAGCAAAGACGCAAGGAAAGUAAACGUACCAACAAGUGGCUAAAGAUGUUUGCAGAAUGGCCAAAAUAUAGGAACACCAAGAAGCUGUCUCAAAGAGUAUACAAAGGCAUCCCCCUGGCGGUGCGGGGCCAGGCAUGGUCACUUUUGCUAGAUAUUAACAAAGUCAAGUCCCAGAAUCCAGGCAAAUAUAAGGUCAUGAAGGAGAAGGGCAAGAGGUCCUCCAGAAUCAUCCACCGCAUCCAGCUAGAUGUCAACAGCACCCUGCAGAACCACAUGAUGUUCAUACAAAGAUGUGGAGUCAAGCAGCAGGAAUUAUGUGACAUCCUUGUGGCCUAUUCUGCAUAUAACCCUGAGGUGGGCUACCACAGGGACCUGAGCCACAUCACCGCCAUCCUCCUCCUUUAUCUGCCAGAGGAAGAUGCUUUCUGGGCGCUGACCCAGCUGCUGGCUGGUGAGAGACACUCCCUGCAGGUAUUCUACAGCCCAGAUGCUGCCCAGCUUGAGAGGCUCCUAUCACACCAGAAGCAGGUGUUGCACAAGUCCUUCCCGAAGAUCAUGAGACACCUGGGCAAGGAAGGGCUGUGCAUUGAGGGUUCCAUGCUGAUGAGGCUCCUCCGGUGUUUCCUUGAUGCGAAAUCCUUCCGGCUCACCAUGAGACUGUGGGAUGUGCUCAUCUUGGAGGGCAAGCGAUUACUGACAGCCAUGGCGCAUGCAUCAUUCAAAAUACACAGGAAGCGCCUCAUGAAGCUUUCCUGGAGCACCAUCUGGGAGUUUCAGGAGCGACUGUCUCAGAGCUGGGCCCUGGAGGACAACAGAGUCCUCAGGAAUCUUCAAGCCUCUAUGAAGGAACUCACAAAAAAACACUGGGACCUGCCACCCCCAGCCGAGCUGGAGCAAUGGUCCUCGAGGGUGUCCCCUGGCAUUGGGCCCCUCCAUGAGGGGGACAGACUGGCCAUCCCCACCCCACCAGCUCAGCUCCAGGAGCUCAUGCCAUCAGUCCCCCUGGGACAAAAGCCUUGUCCUCUGCCAGCCUGGCCUAACGGGGCUGUCCCCAAGGCCCAGGCUGAGGUCCAUCAGCACGAAGGGGCUUCUCAAGAACCCAGAACAGAAGACUGCUGUCUGAGGGGCCCGGAGUCUCGAGAUGAUGGCAGCCUGUCCCCGGGUGAGGUCAGGCUUUGUAUUACACGGAAACACUUGUCCAGGAACGCUAGGCCACAGCUCCACACAGACCCGCAUGUCGGGGGUCCAUGUUUCCUGUGCUGCCAUUUUGAACACAGCUCCUGGGACUCUGAGGGGGCUUCCCCAGAACCCAGGGCAGAAGACUGCUGUCCGACGGGCCCAGAGGCUCAAGAUGAGGGUAGGAUGUCCCCUGGUGAGGUCAGGCUUCGUAUUACACGGAAACAUUUGUCCAGGAAGUCUAUGCCACAGCUCCACACAGACCUGCAUGUCAGGGGCCCAGGGGCUUCUCAAGAACCCAGGGCAGCAGGCCGUUCUCUGGGGUGCCCAGAGGUUCAAGAUGACAGCAGCCUGUCCCCCGGUGAGGUCAGGCUUUGUAUUACACGGAAACACUUGUCCAGGAACUCUACACCACAGCUCCACACAGACCCGCAUGUCGGGGGUCCAUGUUUCCUGUGCUGCCAUUUUGAACACGGCUCCUGGGACUCUGUCACUUCUCCAUCUUCUGUGGACAGCAGCCCUGGAACAACAAGACGCACCCCGCCCAGCGAGCCCACUGGGACCGCGACACCAGGCCCUGCCUGGGUUUAUGACAGGGAGGAGGCACUUCGAGAGAUACCCCUGCAACAAGGUGUCCCCUGCCCGCUACUCCCCUCAGUAGAAGAACAACAUGGCAUGGAGGGAGCCCAGGCAGCACCUGCCCGGCUGCCUCGCGGCCCCAGAUGGCUGCUGGACCUUGAUUUUUACUGUUAUUUUUUUUUUAUUUUAUAUUUUUGUCUUCUGGGCCUUGGGAAAUACUUAGUGGGGGACUUGGUCCCCUCACGGCCUCAGGAGGGAAGGCUGAGCAUGGGGUUCCCACAGCCCCAGCCAGGCAGCAGCGUGCCCUGGGGCCCCUGACCCCACCUGUGGGUCACAGCCCCUCCCCCAGGGCCCAAGUCCCCGGCCCAGAGGGACCUGCCUUCAACCUGAGUCCUAGGGGGAGAGGGGCACCACAGGCCCACACAGGGGACUAGGGCACAGCGAGCCCUGGGUGCUGCGAGAAUUCACAUCAGACAACCUGGGCAAGCUGGGCCAGAGAUGCUGAGCCCGUACAGUGAUGAUAUGGGCAGCUGGCACAAGGGGGUCAACAGCUGUGAACACCGCUGCCUCUUCCCAACUCCAUCACUGCAGUGCAGGCAGUCUGCACUCCGGAGCCUGGCCCAACAGCACCCCGAGUGCCCAGGUCUGCUAUGCCAACAUGCCACCUGGAGGCUUUGAGGCCCUGCCUGCCACACCACCCCCCUCCUGGAAGCCUUGUCCUGCAGCUCAGCCGCUGCCACAACCACAGCAGGCACCGCUGCCAAGCUCCUUCCAGUCAGGCUUCCUAGAAUGCAGAGGAGCCUCAGGGGCUCAGACUGUGAAGGUGGUUUCAUCCACAUUUCCAUUGUUCCCACCAAAGAGAAUCCCUGCAGAGGAUGCUCUUGAUCAAAGGUGGGCAAAACGGCAUGCCAAGAGAUGGAGUCAGCUUCUUUCCCUGGCCACCAUGUUAGACGGGGACAAAGUGGCCAUCAGACAGGCAUGGGACAGAAGAGGCUCAGCAUGCUGCACGUGCCCUGACCAAGGCUGACCAGGCCAACACCACUGCCAAGCAUCCCAUCUGCUGACGAGGGACUUGGUGUGGCUCCCUGGGCUGGCACUAUUUCCCAGGAGGACCGGCUGACCACCUGUGGGCAGGCUGCCCACACUGUGGAGGGGGCUGAGAUUGGCCUUCACUGCAGGGAACCCCUACCUGGAUAUAGACUUGCUCGUCCUUCCUGUCACCAUCAUGGCAGCGCACACGGCAUUGCUUUUGACCACGUCACUUCAUUCACAGCGAGGGACGUGCAGCAGUGGCCCCUGACCAGGGAACUAACUGUUCUCACUACAUCAGUCGCCGCCUGGAAGCAACUGGGCUUAGGAUCGCUCAGUUACGCUGAAGUGAUGGUUUGUUUUACAAGAUAAAUGUUACGCUUUCUACUGGA